CGUCGCACAAGAAGGCGAGACAGCGUGGCCACUCGCUCGUUCGUGCUGUCUUCCUUCAAGAGGGGCUCGUACCACAACCGGGCCUCCCUGAGUGCUGGUCAGCCGCUGCGAUCCGCCACGAGGCUAUCUUGCUCGGAGAGCUUCGACACCAAGCAAGAGUCCUGGUCCACACGGCUGAAGAGGCGCGUCCUCCGCUUUCUGGGUCGCAGACAUAAGGACCGGAACCUGGUCCGACCGCCGACACCACCGUUCAUCGUAAGACACAACUGCAGCACGGAGUCCCAGCGGCUGGGCAACGACCACCUGGAGCUGAGUAUGAAGCUUCGGGAUAAGAAU